CUACAGAAUGUCUCUCAAGGAAAAGCUGAUUGAAAAUGUUCACAAAGAUGAGCAGCCCCACGCCCACAACAAGAUCACUGUGGUUGGGGUUGGUGCAGUUGGCAUGGCUUGUGCCAUAAGCAUUUUGAUGAAGGAUUUGGCUGAUGAACUUGCACUUGUUGAUGUCAUUGAGGACAAGCUGAGGGGAGAGAUGCUGGAUCUUCAACAUGGCAGCCUCUUCCUCAGGACGCCAAAGAUCGUCUCUGGCAAAGACUAUGCUGUAACUGCACACUCUAAACUGGUUAUCAUCACUGCUGGAGCCCGCCAACAGGAAGGCGAAUCUCGCCUGAACCUGGUGCAGCGCAACGUCAACAUCUUCAAAUUCAUCAUUCCUAAUGUUGUCAAGUACAGCCCUGACUGCAAGCUGCUUGUGGUUUCCAAUCCAGUGGAUAUUCUGACCUACGUGGCCUGGAAGAUCAGCGGCUUUCCUAAGCAUCGCGUUAUUGGAAGUGGUUGUAAUCUGGACUCUGCCCGUUUCCGCCACCUCAUGGGUGAGAGGCUGAAUAUCCACCCUCUUAGCUGCCAUGGCUGGAUUGUUGGAGAGCAUGGAGACUCCAGUGUGCCUGUCUGGAGUGGUGUGAAUGUUGCUGGUGUCUCCCUGAAAGCUUUACAUCCUGACAUGGGAACUGAUGGAGACAAAGAAAACUGGAAAGAGGUCCACAAACAAGUGGUAGACAGCGCUUAUGAGGUUAUCAAGCUGAAGGGAUACACAUCUUGGGCAAUUGGUCUUUCUGUGGCAGAUCUAGCUGAAACCAUUAUGAAGAAUUUAAGAAGAGUACACCCAAUCUCAACAAUGGUGAAGGGCAUGCAUGGCAUUAAAGACGACGUCUUCUUAAGUGUUCCUUGUGUCCUGGGUUAUUCAGGCAUUACAGAUGUGGUGAAAAUGACUUUGAAGAGUGAAGAGGAAGAUAAGCUGAGGAAGAGUGCAGAUACACUCUGGGGAAUUCAGAAAGAGCUUCAGUUUUAAGCCCGCUGUCCUCUCUUCACUGCUUAUUAGUGUCAAUGGGUCUUAGCAGGAUUGUGUUGCACUUUCA